AGUUGGCAACGAGCUGUGAGCAAAGGAGAAAACAGAAACCACCAUUAACAUGAGUAGAAAAGAAGAAGAAGAAGAUGACGAUAUAGUGUGUUUGGACGAAUCUUUCUUCAUUGAUGAUAACUACCAAAUUACAGAUUUUACAUUUGGGUCUCAUGUUCUUCAGCUUUACUGCCUCCAAUCUGCUUCAACUGAUUUUGAUUUGACAGGACAGUUGGUGUGGCCCGGGGCGGUACUGUUGAAUGAUUAUCUUACAAAGAAUGCUAACAUGCUCCAAGGAUGUUCUGUCAUCGAACUAGGCUCUGGUGUUGGUAUAACCGGAGUACUCUGCAGUAGAUUCUGUCGCGAAGUAGUGAUGACAGACCAUAAUGAGGAAGUUCUCAAGAUUCUGAAUAAAAACAUAAAGCUGCAGGAAUCUUUAGACGAUACUAUAUGUUGUGCAGAAUUAAAAGCGGAGAAGCUGGAAUGGGGCAACUCCGCUCAGCUGAAUCACAUAUUACAGCAGCGCUCAGAAGGAUUUGAUUUAGUUCUCGGGGCUGACAUCUGUUUUCAGCAGGCAAAUGUUCCUUUGCUUUUUGAUACUGUUGAACAGCUAUUCAGAGACCGUGAUCCAAGCAAAUGCAAAUUUAUUUUGGGCUAUGUUUCACGAACAAAAGUCAUGGAUGCUAUGGUCAUCAAUGAAGCAAUUCGGCAUGGUCUGCAGAUAAACGAAGUUUCUGGGACUCGACGUAAUAUCAAGAAUCACGAAGGAGUUAUAUUUGAGAUUACGACUAAUCAUUAGAGUUGCCAAUCUAUAAUUGAGUUCUUUAGCACCAGUUGAAUGAGAAAGUACACAAUUCCAAGGAGCACAGAAAAGCUAUUACGCAUAAAAACAAGACAAAAAGGCUCUAAUUGCCACCAAAACCUGGUUUUCCAUGUGUAAUUUUGACAUUCCAGGAAACAGAAAGUUACAUUAAGUCCUCAAGUAAUCUUGUAAUGUGUAUCAUUUUUUUCUCCAGAAUUAUCUUAAUCUUCCGGUGCAAUCUAUAUUAUGCAGAUGAUAGUGAACUAAUUUUAUCUCUCCUUUUGAUUUC